ACAUGAGUCAGCGUCAAAGUUUUAGUGGGCGAGGUGGUUACACUGAAAAUGGAAUGUAGCUUACUGCACCAAAUGUUAGGAAAAAUGUAGCCGAAUGAAAUCACAGAGAUCGCUUUGAUGCAGUGACGCACACAGUUAUCCCCACGUGAUUAAACAUUUUUACCAUUUUUGUCAAAUCGAAAGUAAGCAGACAGGAAGUCAGAGAACUUAUGGAAAAUUGAAAAUUAGAUUACUUGUGGAGUGACGGUAGGCUCAUCGACUACAAAAAGGCGAUUUUUACUGGGGAUAUAAUUCUACUGUAAUUCCAGACGGGUCAUGGCAAGCGCACCUCCAAUGGAGCCAAACUACUUCGGCCAGCCCCAGCCUCCAACAUAUGAAGAGACUAUAACUGGUCCUGUGUAUACCUAUAGUCCCACACCCCCUCCUCCUGUCUAUGACAAAAUGCCCCAACCAGCUUAUCCACCACCUUUUACACAACCAGCAUAUCCACCUCAGGCAUACCAACAGAUGCACCCACAACAGUCAAAUGCAGCAGGAACAUCAGCUGUAGUGAGCGUCCAGACCGUUUAUGUCCAACCACGUAUGGUUUUUGGAGAUUUUCCAGUACACGUCCACUGCCCUGUAUGUGCCCAAAUGGUCCUCUCUCGUCUCUGCCACAGCAAUGGAGUCCUGACUUGGCUAACCUGCUUUAGCCUCAGCCUUGUAGGUUGCAUUUAUGGAUGCUGCUUGAUUCCGUUCUGUGUGGACGGCAUGAAAGAUGUGAAACACAUGUGCCCCAACUGCAAUUCUUUGCUGGGAGUCUACAAGCGGCUGUGAUGUUCAUUCUUGCUGACAACUGUGUAUAAAAUAUUUUGAUCCUGUUUAAACACAUUUGUACAUAUUAUAUUAAGGCUGGAGCUUUAUUUCUUCUUUAGGGGUCUCCAAAAAGGAUUUCUAUAUUUGUUUAUAUUAAGUCUUUUCAGCAGAUAGUGCUAUGUUUGUUCAUAUUUUACAAGUUGGAGAAUAAAGGUGGAGGUGGUUUUCUCUUGUAAGUGCCUUGUCAGAAUGACAGUCGUAGAAUAAAAUACAUUGGUUGUAAUCAAAGGACAUAACAGAAAGAGCUUUAGCAGAUAGGAGGGCCGAAUUGCCCUUCGUUGUGACUGAGGGAUGGUUGUCUUUUGUCAUUGUAUUCAGAGAAAUUUGGAAUGUUAUUCUUUCUUCCCUUCCAAUGAUCACCUACCUAAUCAUAUUACAUAGUAGGGUACUAUUUGUGAUCCAUAAAUGUCAAUAUGUUGGUCAAAAACCCCUCAACAUGUGUUGGAGAAACAGUGUGCUUGAACAGUGUCAAUAGCCUACUUAAUCAGUUACUUGGAAGAGAUCAUGCAAGUACUGUCAUAAUGGACAGAACCUUAAUUAAGCAAUAUGUUAGGAUUGGAUAGGUUGGUAAAGGAUAUUGCCACAGCUGUAAUCCAACCAUAGUCUGAGGUCAAGUGCUUAAGAUAACUAGGAAGAUAAUUUACUCUUUUGAUGUAUGGUGUCUAGGUAAAUGCCAGUUAGAUACCAGAACAAAUAAAAUAGAAUUGUCCAGAAAACAUAUUUCAGCACAAUAUUUUUAAAAUCUGGAUCAUUUUUUGUGGUAAUUCAUGCAUGAGGGUAAGGGCUAGACAAGAGUAUGGAGUACGUAAGAAUAAAUAAUUAGCCAUAUCAGUUUGCCAUGCAAUAUGUUUCACUGUCUGAUUCGCUAUUUUUUAUUUUUAAGUCACUUUAUGAACAUAAUCAUAUUUUAUUAUUACAAAGUUGUGUUACUAAACUGAUACUGUAUUACUACUGUUAUUGUAAUGUGUCGCUUUGGAUAUGCUCCAGUAAAUGCCUAACUUACAUGUAUCAAUGUUUCUCUAAACAAUGCAUAAUGUGCCUUUUUACAGUGUACACUAUUCUAUACAUUAUUCAUAUAGUCUGUUUCCAAAUCAUGUUAUUGUAUAUUCACAUACAUUUCUUAAUAUACCAUAGAUGUCGGCCUGAUGUAUCACUUAGGCUAUAUAUUAUUUUGUGGAGAAUGUCAAAUAUAAAAUUAUGAUUAAAAGAAACAACACAAAAACUCAA